ACUCCCGGAAGCAGCACAGGGUAUUAUCUUCUUCUUCCCAGAGGAUGACUCCGACAUAUGAGAUAUAACAGGAUGAAACGAAGCCUCUGUUCUGUAGUGGACUAUGUCAGGCAGUGAUUCAGCUCCAGACAGUAAUCAGACCUGUUUCUACAGCGUGGUAGAGAGGAACCUUUGUUCUCAAAGACCUGUGCUCUUUCUGACUCAAGCUAACGUUCAGUGUUUACCCUGAGCCUCACAUCCAGCCCCUCCCUGUGCCCAGCCUGCUCCACUACAAGACCUCAGUAUGUCGAAGGAGGCAGACCACCUGGAGUCUGGAGGAGACAAGGAGUUAAAGGAGGAGAGGAUGCAGGAUGCUGCCGAGGAGUCAGGGAGGAUGAGGGUCCGAGAGCACAGUCCGAGCCCAAACACAGGGAGAACCCUUCAAGCCAGUCCCUCCCGGGGUGUCACUGUGGAGGAGCUGAUGGAGACAGCUAAAGGAGUCACAAACAUGGCUUUGGCACAUGAGAUAAUGGUCAACCAGGCGUUUCAAGUCAAGCCCGUGGAGCUACCUGAAGGGAGUUUGGAGCGCAGAGUGAAGGAUAUUAUGCACAAAGCAUUCUGGGAUUGUUUGGAGGGCCAGCUGAGGGAGGAUCCACCGGUGUAUGGACAUGCCAUUAAACUGUUGGCUGAGAUCAAAGAGACGCUGCUGUCUUUCCUGCUCCCGGGACAAGGACGCCUGCACUCCCGUAUUGAGGAGGUCCUUGACCUCACUCUGUUACACCAGCAGGCUGAAAACGGAGCACUUGACAUCAGUCAGCUGUCCCAGUUCAUCAUUGGGAUGAUGAGUACACUGUGCGCCCCAUGCAGAGACCAGGCCGUCAACAAGCUGAAGGAGAUCACUGACAUUAUUGUUCUACUCAAAGAGAUAUUCUCUGUGCUGGACAUGAUGAAAGUGGACAUGGCUAACUUUGCUGUGAGCAGCAUCAGGCCUUACCUCAUGCAGCAAUCGGCUGAGUAUGAGAGGAGCAAGUUUCAGGACUUUCUGGAGAAGCAACCCAAUGCCUUAGACUACACUGAGAAGUGGCUUGAGAACUCAGCGAGAUCCCUGAGGGAGUCCCGGCCGACUGGCUCUAACUGUGCUUCAUCUGACCCUUCCUCACUCUGCAUACUUGAAGUUCAUAAUAAUGCCUAUCUUCUGCUGCUGAAGUGGGACCAUGCCUCAGACCCGUUCCCAGAGACCGUGUUGAUGGAUCAGGUUCGGUUGCAGGAGAUGCAACAGGAGUCUGAGCAGUUAGUUCUGCUCUCCUCUAUACUUCUCAUCGUCUACACGUCCACAGGGGACGCUAUCUCCGGCCUGCCAGGGCUUAUGGAGACUCUCAAAAACACGAUCAACAUCAUGCUGGCAGACAUGCACACACCGUCGUUCAGUGUUCAUGAAGCCUUGGCCACCAUUGGGGAGAAGCUGUGCGCUGAUCUGAGUCAGUGUCUGAGCCAACAUGGACACCCUCCCCUCUCAGCUGAACAGCAGAGUACUUUGAGGGGACAAAUCUCAGCCACCAUCCAGACAGACAACACAGUCCACAAGCUGAUCGACUCCCGGGUUCAGAGUUAUCUACUGGCUUCCCUUGAGUCCAGUCAGCGUAAAACCCCUCCUCCUCUCCCCGGAGGUCUGACUCCAGUCAGCAGGGAGCUGCAGGAGCUCGCCGUUCGCUUCAGUCGCCUCGUCAACUUCAACAAGCUCACCUUCUCCCCGUUCUACAAAAGGAUCCUCCAUAAAAUACUGCCAGAAAGGGAGAGCACAGAAACAUAAACAUGUAGUACUCACAUCUUUCCUCUCUGGUAACAUUUAAAAUUAAGAGAAAGGGUUGAAGGAGCUGACCUUAGAGUUGCACCUUAAAUCAUUACUAUCAAAAAACACUUUCUGUCAUCCCUGCUGCUUCUAAUACUGCUGAUCUAUCACAUCUCCGUCCUGAUCAUUGUGGCCAUGCGGUAGCUAUCUUACAUUAGGUUGUGUUAUGUUUGAAACACACCAUUGCCACACUGCCGACCUCUACCUGAGGGUCUGGCUUCCUUACCUGAAACACACAGACAGUGCUCUCGCUGCAGGAGACAAUCCAUGACAAUCCUGUCUUUUAAAAUGUGGUUUGGCUUUGAUGAGAGCAUCCAAUUAUUUAAUGAAUCAUUGCAGUCAUCAUAGAAUUCAGAUGUUUUAAGUAAAGACAGAAAUCUAAAACUGAUACGAAUUAUAGUUGUUAAAAUGUUCUUUAAUUUGAUACAAUAAGUGGUCGAGAUAAUGGAUUGAUGGUAUCCAUCUUCCUCCGCUUAUCCGGGUCUGGGUUGCAGGGGCAGCAGUCUCAGACACUCCUCUCCCCGGCCACUUCCACCAGCUCUUCUGGGAGGAUACCGAGGCGCUCCCAGGUCAGCUGAGAGAUAGAAUCUCGCCAGCGUGUCCAGGGUCUUCCCCGUGGCCUCCUCCCAGACGGACACGCCCGCAACACCUCCCCAGGGAGACGUCCGGGAGGCAUCCUGACCAGAUGCCCGAACCACCUCAUCUGGCUCCUCUGGAUGGGGAGGAGCAGCGGCUCUACUUUGAGCCUCUCCCGGAUGUCUGAGCUCCUGUCCCUACCGCCCCGAUCCGUCUGUCAAUCUCGCGCUCCCUCAACAAGACCCCAAGAUGGUAUCCUAGAGAAUCAAAGCCUCUGAAAGAAAACAGAUCAUGAUCAUCAGAUCAUCACUAAUAGUUUCAACUAAAUUAAAGUCAGAGAGUGGGUAUCAGUAUAGAUAUAAUUAGUUAAAAUGAGAGUGCAACAAAACUGAAAAUUUAAACGGUUAUUCUCUGAUUGUUUACCAUCCGUUCUGCUUGUCAGGACUUACAAAUGCGUCCACACUUCCAGAAAAACGUGCAGGAAGGUCCCUGAUUUGGCUUCACCCUCCAGACCAACAGACAGAACAAAGGAGAGAGGCAACGAUGCCACCUGGUCCCAAUAUGUUUUAUGAUUCCCCACCUGCGUACUGUUGACAGGCAGCUUCACAGCUCUGCACAGUGAGACCACACUCUGCAGAUACACAUCCCCACACCUCCACACCUCCUCUAGGUUAUGAAUGAUGAUUCAGAGGAAGUCUUUUGUUUAUUUUUUAUAUUAUCAUCACGAUGAACACGUCAGUUUGUGUUCAGGUUUAAAUCAAUCAAUCAAUCUUUAUUUGUAUAGCUCCAAAUCACAACAAACGUUAUCUCAAGACUCUUUUACAAACAGAGCAGGUCUAGACCACUCUAUGUCAAAUUAUGAACAGAGACCCAACACCAAGACAGGAUAAGACUCAGUCUGACCCCACCUUAAUCCACCAUGAGCAUUGCACCUCGCAGUAUUUAGCUAGUUACAGCGGAGAGGAAAAACUUCCUUUAACAGGCAGAAACCUCGAGCAGAACCAGACUCAUGUUAGACAGACAUCUGCUGAGACCAAGUUGGGUCUAGAAAGAGGGAUAGAGGAGAAUAAGAGAGAGAGGGAGCGGUGAUAGUGAUGAGAUGAGUAGUAGUAGCUGUUGCCGCUGGAGUCCAGCACGUCCGUAUCAGCUGGAGUCUAGAACGUCCACAGCAGGAGGACGUCUACGGCAGCUCAGAGGAACCUACGAGACAAGGGAGCUCAGGGACAGGAUAAGACUCAGUCUGACCCCACCUUAAUCCACCAUGAGCAUUGCACCUCGCAGUAUUUAGCUAGUUACAGCGGAGACGACAAACUUCCUUUAACAGGUAGAAACCUCGAGCAGAACCAGACUCAUGUUAGACAGACAUCUGCCUCGACCGAGUUGGGUCUGGAAAGAGGGAUAGAGGAGAAUAAGAGAGCGAGGGAGGACGUCUACGGCAGCUCAGAGGAACCUACGAGACAAUGGAGCUCAGGGACUCCAGAAAGGUCUAUGGUUAGUAACUUUAAUGGGACAGGGAGAGUUAAAGUAAGAGAUGAGGGGGUUGGGGGGGAAGGGGUUGAGACAGGAUCCCAGUGUGUCAGUGAAAUCAAAAGCUAUGUUCAGGAGUUCAUUUCUUGUGGCCUCAGUAUGGUAACGGGUGUCGUUAUUGUUUGAUUUUUACUGGUAUUGUAUCAAAGUUCACACUUCUGGUAUUGUGACAACCUUAAAACAAAUAGUGUAGUUUCCUCUUUCUGUUAGAUUCUACAUGCAUGUAAAUUAAACUGCAGUAAAGAUCCAAUGUUCCUCAUGAUGUUAAAAUGAUGUUAAUAUGAAGCAUUUUGUAAUCAAAUGUCUUCCUGGAGGAAGCCUGUGCAUCUCCUGCCUGACAAACAUCUCCUGCCGAGUCAUUUACAGGUGUUGAUAAAAAGCCAUCACUGUAGGUAGAAUCACGUGUGCACCGCUCACAAGUCUGGGCUACAACUCUCCUUCCAGUAUCCAAGUAUAACAUACAGUAUUAACACACAGCUGACCACGUUUCUCUCAGCUGUUAACGGUUGUGUUAUAUAACGUAUGAGCAACACCACAGAUAUCUGCAUGCUUUCUUCAACACUGAUGAUGAACACAAGAAUCUUUCUAUCCUGUGACAUUUCUCUUCAUUACGCUUGAAAUCACGUAAAUAACAUCAAGCUUACUUUUGUAACUUCUUCUAUCUUCAGCAUCUCUUCUUCUUCUUCGUCAGGAGCAGAUGCUUCAGACUUUACCUGAAUUCAAAGCAACUGUGGAAAUGUUGUUUUUUGUAACUUCUGAUAUUGAUUUUGUCAUUCAGCCUUACAGGUGGUUUCUUGUCCUGUCCUACCACAGCUAAGAGCAUAAUAAAGAGCAGCUUUUAACCAAA